CAACGAUGCAUUUUCGUCCUCAGAUCUCAAUCUCACUCACAAGAGAGAGAGAGAAAAGGCUUAGUCUUGUACAAUAUUCACGAUUAUACACUUUCUCUUUCCAACAUGGCGGCCUCUGUAGAUAAUCGCCAAUACGCUCGGCUCGAGCCAGGUUUAAACGGCGUGGUUCGUUCUUACAAACCUCCUGUUCCGGGCCGGUCCGAUUCCCCUAAGGCAAACCAGAACCAAACCAUCAACCAAACCGUGUUCUUGAAACCAGCGACGGUUCAUGACGAUGACGAAGACGUGUCGAGCGAAGACGAGAACGAGACUCACAACAGCAACGCCGUGUACUACAAGGAGAUGAUACGCAAAUCCAACAGCGAGCUUGAGCCGUCGAUCUUGGACCUGAGAGACGAAUACACGGCUGAUAGCUGGAUCGAACGUAACCCUUCCAUGGUCCGUCUCACAGGGAAACAUCCCUUUAACUCCGAGGCGCCUCUUAACCGUUUAAUGCAUCACGGGUUUAUCACCCCUGUCCCCUUGCACUACGUCCGUAACCACGGCCAUGUCCCUAAGGCCAAAUGGGCCGAAUGGACGGUCGAAGUGACCGGAUUCGUCAAACGGCCCAUGAAAUUCACCAUGGACCAGCUCGUCUCCGAGUUCGCUUACCGAGAGUUCGCCGCGACGCUGGUUUGCGCGGGGAACCGCCGUAAGGAGCAGAACAUGGUGAAGAAGUCAAAGGGAUUCAACUGGGGAUCCGCCGGGGUUUCCACCUCCGUCUGGCGUGGUGUCCCUCUCUGCGACGUAUUGCGUCGCUGUGGGAUCUUUAGCCGGAAAGGCGGCGCUCUCAACGUCUGCUUUGAAGGGUCGGAGGAUCUCCCAGGUGGCGCCGGAACUAACGGUUCCAAAUACGGAACGAGCAUCAAGAAAGAGUAUGCCAUGGAUCCAUCAAGAGAUAUCAUUUUGGCAUAUAUGCAAAACGGAGAGUACCUAACACCAGACCACGGGUUUCCGGUUCGGAUCAUAAUCCCCGGUUUCAUCGGUGGUCGGAUGGUUAAAUGGUUGAAACGGAUUAUUGUCACAACUCAAGAAUCCGACAAUUUCUACCAUUUCAAGGACAACAGAGUUCUACCUUCUCAAGUAGAUGCCGAACUCGCCGACGAAGAAGGUUGGUGGUAUAAGCCGGAGUACAUAAUCAACGAGCUAAACAUAAACUCCGUGAUUACGACGCCUUGUCACGAGGAGAUUCUUCCCAUCAACGCUUUCACCACCCAAAGACCUUACACUUUAAAGGGUUACGCAUAUUCCGGAGGUGGAAAGAAAGUGACCCGUGUAGAGGUGACAGUGGAUGGUGGAGAAACAUGGAACGUAUGUGAACUUGACCAUCAAGAGAAGCCGAACAAGUAUGGGAAAUUCUGGUGUUGGUGUUUCUGGUCACUUGAGGUUGAGGUUUUGGACCUGCUUAGUGCCAAAGAGAUCGCUGUCCGUGCAUGGGACGAGACUCUCAACACGCAGCCCGAGAAAAUGAUAUGGAAUCUCAUGGGGAUGAUGAAUAACUGUUGGUUCAGAGUGAAGACCAACGUUUGCAAGCCUCACAAGGGUGAGAUCGGGAUCGUGUUCGAGCAUCCAACGCUUCCGGGCAAUGAAUCUGGUGGAUGGAUGGCCAAGGAACGUCACCUCGAGAAAUCCGCGGACGCGCCUCCUACUCUCAAGAAAUCCGUUUCGACACCGUUUUUUAACACAACUGCGAAGAUGUACUCGACGUCGGAGGUCAAGAAGCAUAACUCUGCUGAUUCUUGCUGGAUCAUUGUUCAUGGACAUAUUUAUGACUGUACCCGCUUCCUCAAUGACCAUCCCGGUGGUUCGGAUUCGAUCUUGAUCAAUGCUGGUACGGAUUGUACAGAGGAGUUUGAUGCCAUUCACUCUGAUAAAGCCAAGAAGAUGCUUGAGGAUUACCGCAUUGGAGAGCUCAUUACCACUGGUUAUUCCUCUGACUCUUCCUCGAUACUUCCCAAGAGGCAUACCACUAUAGGCUCUCUCCUAUAUAACUUCAUCUCCACCAACGAUGCAUUUUCGUCCUCAGAUCUCAAUCUCACUUGCAAGAGAGAGAGAGAAAAGGCUUAG